GCGCUUGCGCUGUGGGUGGGGCGUGAAGCUCCCGGUGGUCUGGGCGUAGGGGGCUGACAGGCGAGAUGUGCGCCUGCGCCGGGGCUCGCGGAGCCGCCGGGGGCGGGGCUCGAGGUGGUGGGGGGGGAGAGGGAAAGAGAGGGGAGGGGGCGGGGGGAGAGAAGAGGCCGCAGGAGCCCGAGCCUUGACCGACGGGCAGGCGGGGCCUGCGGCGGCACCGCGCCGGCGCCCCCCACCCCUCCAUGCACCAGGCGGUCGGCCGGCGGCGGCGGCGUCGGGGGGCGCCAUGGCCUCGGCGGCGGCGGCGGGCGAGACUGAAGAGACCACCCGGCUGCGGAAGCCGCGCUUCUCCUUCGAGGAGAACCAGAUCCUGAUCCGGGAGGUGCGCGCCCACUACCCGCAGCUGUACGGCGCGCAGAGCCGUCGGGUGAGCGUGGCCGAGCGGCGGCGCGUGUGGGACGGCAUCGCCGCGCAGAUCAACCGCAUCACCAGCUGGAAGCGCACCGGCCAGGAGGUGCAGAAGCGCUGGAACGACUUCAAGCGCCGCACCAAGGAGAAGCUGGCCCGGGUGCCGCACUCCACGCAGGGCGCGGGGCCCGCCGCCGAGGACGCCUUCUCGGCCGAGGAGGAGACCAUCUUCGCCAUCCUGGGCCCGGGCGUGGCCGCCCCCUCGCAGCCGCAGGCCCCGAGCUCCGAGGAGCGCAGGGAGGAGCGCCGCGCGGAUACACCAGCCCACAGCAAGGGGGCCUCCGGGAGCCCCCAGCCCUGGCCCCAAGCCUCUUGCACGCCCCAGGAAGGGGGCUGCCCGCUGCCCAAGGAGCGUGAGUCCUCGCCCCCUCCAGCCCUGCAGACGGUCCAGCUGCCCGGCCUGGCCCUGUCUCCACCACCCCAGCCCCCUCAGCAGGUCCAGGUGGCCCCCUCGUCCCCCAGCCCCCCACCCCUUCCACUGCCACCGCCAGUGCCCUCGGCCCCAGAUGCCUCCCUGGACUUCCUGCGGGCCCAGCAGGAGACUGCCAAUGCCAUCAGGGAGCUGGCGGGCACCCUCCGGCAGGGACUGACCAAGCUGAGUGAGGCCCUCAGCGCCCUGCUGCCCUUGCUGCCUGGAACCCCAGCAGACCCGAUGGCCUCCCCACUGCCCCCAGCAGCACCUGCGCCUCCUCCAGCCCGGCCGGUCCUGCCUGCACCUGCCCCCAAGGUGGAGAUGAACCCUGAGCCCGUGUCUGUGGUGGCUGCUGUUGUGGAUGGGGCUGUGGUGGCUGCCAGGGGGGUGAUCAUCACCCCUCAAAGCGAGGAGGGGGCUCUCCGGCCACCCCCAGCUCCAAUGCCUCUCCAUGAGUCCCCCCCACACAAGAGGAGGAAAGGCUUCCCUACCCGGAAGAGGCGGGGGCGAUGGAAAACUCCAUGACGCCGGCCAUCCUGCUUCCCUGGCCACCCCUCAGCCCCCUCCCUGCUUUGCCCCUCAGAGAGAACCAUGCCCCCUCCCUACCCCAGCUUCACCCCAGCUCCCUGCUGCAGGGCCACCAGCACCCCCGGCUCCCUAUCCUAGUUAGUGCCUGAUUCUGGGUGGGGGGAGGGCCUCACGGAUGGGUGCCCCCUCCUCUCCCCAAGCCCUUUCUCCAGUUGAGCGCUGCCUGCCUGGCUGCUUCCCUUAACCUUGACUUCUAAGCCAUCAGUUUUAACAUUAUUUAUUAUGAUUGCCCCUUCGUGGGUAAUGGGGAGGACCUAUGGGGUCCGCACCCCUCCCCAUCCCCUUCCCUGAUAAUCUCCUGGCCUUGACUUGAAUGAAUCGACCCUGGGGACCUUCCCCCACCUGCCCCAACCCAGAAUUUGGAGAGGGUGGGAGCUGUGAGACAAAGCAGAACAUGGGUGACAAAGAGGGUAGUCUGUUCCCUUGGGUGGGGUGAGGGGGUUCAUGCAGUUUGGUCCCUCUGUCUCCCCCAGGAGGCCCUGCCCUCCCAAGCUCUACCCAUCCCUCUCCCCAGAGGUGACAAGAUAUCAAUAAACCUAUUUUUAAUACA